AUGCCGUCUACGUCCAUCGAAUCAGCAGCAGUUGAUGGAAGGGCAAGAACACCCCGCUUCAUCCAGCGGCAACUAGCCAAUCUUCACAAAGCGAUCACCACAAACGCGAAAAUAAUCCAAGAUGCUAUCGUAGCAGAUACCGGUGCCAAAUUACGUGAAGCUCAACUGGAGAUACACCUUUCCAUCUCCGUUGUCAAAGAACUUUACGAUAACUUCUCCGUUGAAGAAGCUUUGUCACAAGAAUAUCGAGUUGCUAGAGGACAAGACUGGUGCGAUAGAAAUGAUGCUGUCGGGACCAUCUAUCUGCGACCUCAGAGUCACAACCUUGUCUAUUCCAUAGUCUCACCCUUGGCAAAUGCGAUAGCAGCUGGGAAUUGCGUUGUCAUUGAGUCAAACAAACCUCACCAAGCUCUUUCGUCAAAGAUAGCAGAGAUUAUACUUCAACAUCUUGACCGAGACACCAUUGCUUUCGUCGAAGAUCUCCCGGAGCCGCCAAGCAAAGGCGUCCUUCUCAUCGAUCAAACAGGAGAAAUUCCCAAGAUGAACGCGUCCAGUAUCCAUACCCCCGGGUCAUCGGCUCGAGUAGUGGCCUUGGUCGACCGUUCUAGCGACAUAGUAUCUGCUGCGAGUUCAAUAGUGCAAGCUCGUACUGCGUUUGGAGGGAACUCGGUUUAUGCUCCUGAUAUCGUCUUAGUCAAUGAGUUCGCUAUGAAGGAGUUCGUCCAAGCGGCAAAGAUUGCUCUUUCUAUAUCUAUCGAAGAGACAAAAGGGCAAGAUAUCACCGCUUCGCAGGCUACAUGCAAAAUUGCCGGAAUCGGGCUGACCGAGAAAGAACUUCGCGGCUCGGGUGCUAAUGUGGUCAUGAGAGGGGAUCUGGGGACCAUUGCUAUCGUCGAGGACAGGGGUUCGUCUCUGCUACAGAGGAAGAUUUACGGCGCUUGUCUGAUUUUGCACUCGGUUCGAAGUUUGGAUGAUGGCAUAGACCUUGCAAAUCUACAGAACAAAACUCUUCUCGCCUGCUACCAUUUCGGUGCUCCCGAGGCUGCAAAGUAUACCACUCAGUUCAUCGACUCCUACGCGUCGUUUGUCAAUCACGCCCCCAUCGAGCUGACAGUCGGUCCCGCGGCCCCGAUCGGCUUCCACCCGUCAGCGACUCAUCGCUACCGACCGGCGAUGUUCAGUGUGCCAAAAGCAGAUUGUAUUGCUGGAGAUUCUGCAUCAAGAAGCCUUGCGAGCAUAUUCAGAGCUGAGGCCAAAGCUUGGUCGGACGUCUACGAGAAACAGAUCACCUCAUCUCUAGCCCCCACAAGGCAAAAGGCGGGCAAGGUCGUUGGAUUCUUCGACCAGGGCCUCAUCACUGGUUUCGUUGUGUUCUGGGUCCCCGUCAUCGCAAGUGCUGUGGUAGGAUCUGGUUAUGGAAUUCGUGCUGGCAUUCGAAUGACGCGGUCGUGA